UAAGACGUCUUGCGAGACGAGAUUCGAAGCUAAAACCGCGCACACAUACCGCGAGGUCGGGAAUUACGAACGAAAACGUCGGUUAAGUGAGGCACGUCUUGUGUUUUUUUAAUCCUUUUUCUGUCGUGCUAGUGAAAGGUGACCAGCGCUGGUAGAACCGUGCAAAAAUAAAAAAGCGCGUCAUAUUGUUCGCGUCGGGACCGACGAACGAGUGCGUGAAGAUUUCAGUCAACGUAGGUCGGACGAUUUUGCGGUUGCGCUAAGCGUACCUCAAUUUUAGCCUACUUCGACCGGCGAACACGGCGCCCGUCCAGCGGCGGUUGGUUAUUAAGCGGGCAUAAUUCAACGCGCUUCACGUUCGAGAAAGUUCCACCAUUUUUUUGCUGGUUUUCUCUUGGUGCGCUAAGAAAAAGUUAAACUUAACGAAAGAUCAAGGACGAUCAACCGGCAUUCUUGGACGGAACGAGCAAAAGGCGAAUCAGCACCCGAAAGCGAGACUCCGCGAACGUGUAGGCUGCCAUAUUCCGGUGGUGGAAGGAAGAUUUGGAGCACCCUGUGUGAAAUCUGACAAAAUGAAGGCAAAUCGUCCGCUUCUGCCGGUGCUGCUGUUCGGGCUGGUGAUGACCGUCCUGCUACCGGCGACCGAGGCCUGCAGUUGCCUCCCGCAACAUCCACAGACGGCGUUCUGCGACUCCGAGUACGUGAUCGUCGCGCAAGUGUUGCGCAAGACUGCGUCGAAGAACUACCUGGAUGCAUACAAGAUUGCUAUCAAGAAAGAGUACAAGAUGAGCGAGGAAGCACGGAAGCUGCUGCGUAACGGAAAGCUGUACACGGCGUCGCAGAGCUCGCUGUGUGGCGUCACCCUGGAGCCGAACAAGCUGUACGCGAUCGCGGCCAACACCGACCAGGUCGGCCUGUGCGACUACAUCCGCCCCUACUCCGACCUGACGAUCGUCGAGAAGCGCGGCCUGGCCGGCAUCUACCGCAAGGGCUGCCGGUGCCAGAUCUGGCCGUGCUUCGCGCCCAAGUGUAACCCGCGCGUCGGUGGCUGCAACUGGUCGCCCUUCUCGACCCGGGGCGACUGCGAGACGAGCUACGGAUCGUGCGUGCCCGCCGGCCGCACCCAGGAGGACGGUACGCCGAUCAAGUGCCACUGGCGUCGGUCACCCCGCUACGGCCAGUGUAUGGCCAAAAACGAAGGCCAGUAGGCGGAGCGGGCUUUUGCAGAUGAGAUCGGUCGAUCGGUUGUUACGUUGAGCGUUUACUACUUUAUGAUUCACACUGUACGUUUCCAACCCUCCAGCGCGUUGGAGUGUCCCCCGCGAGGGGGCGCUCCCGGUGGGGAGGGUUUUUAUUUAUCGACACAAAUCUAUUGGACGCACAGGGGCAACUGUGCGUGUAUUUACUCGCGUCAAAUUGUAACGAGUGCGUGUAAAUUUAUUCCGCUCCGAUCCGGUCGCUCGGUUUGAAGCGGCCACGGACGGCACAUUGCGAGUGUAUGGCAAAGCUUAUUUUUGUUAAGUACAAAUUAUGAUUAGCAGAAUACACAAAGAGAAGAGAUAACACUAGUAGCACUAAGGGAAGGCAGAGGCGGAGAGUUGUCGUGUGAGUUGAGAUGAAGGAGAGUCGAAUCGGAAAUGCAUCGUAUUGGAUAUAAUCGUUAGUGGAGUCGAGAGGAGAUAUCUUUUUUGGUAAAUAAAUUAUCGAAUGUGAAAGUCAACCGGA